ACUCCUCUUUAUCUUAUAAUGUUUGAAUUUCUUUUGUUUAAAUAAAUUAUCAUGGAGAUAAAAUCUUCAUAUACUCGCUUUCAUACAUUAAGGUAGGUAGCACUCAGUUAGCAAAAGAGUCAUUUAGCUAGCUCCUCUCAUUAAUAAUUGCAAGCUCUAUCACGCGCCACCACAACCAAUCACCAUGCCUCACCUCCGCCACCGCAUCCUCCUCAUCCCAUACCCCGUACAAGGCCACAUAAACCCAACCUUCCAAUUCGCAAAAAGACUCAUUGCAUUAGGUGCACACGUCACUCUCUCUACCACCAUAUACAUGCACAACCGCAUCACCAACAAACCCACCCUCCCUAACCUCUCCUAUCUCCCCUUCUCCGACGGCUAUGACGAUGUCGGCUAUAAAGGCAACGGCAACGACGUCACUUACUCACUCUACGCCGCAGAGUUCAACCGUCGCGGCUCCGAGUUUGUCACCAAUCUUAUACUCUCUAACUCACAACAAGGUACCCCUUUCACUUGUUUAGUUCACUCCAUACUCCUUACUUGGGCCGCAAAAGUGGCGCGUGAGCAUCACCUCCCAACAGCGUUACUAUGGAUUCAACCAGCCACCGUGUUUGAUAUCAUAUAUCACUACUUUCAUGGACACUCCGAGUUAAUAAAAAAUCCUGAAUGUUCGAUUGCAUUACCCGGAUUGUCACUAUUGCUAUCACAACGUGAUUUACCUUCGUUUCUAUUGGAGUCAGAUUUAAGUGCUUAUAGUAAUUAUAACUCUUUAAUGCUUACUUUAUUUGAAGAACAAAUUAAAGAUCUUGAUGUAGAAAAAAAUCCAACAACAAUACUUGUUAAUUCAUUCGAAGCAUUGGAACCUGAGGCGUUGAGAGCCGUUGAGAAAUUGAACAUGAUCUCCAUUGGACCGUUGGUUCCUUCUGCGUUUUUAGACGUGAAAGAACCAACAAAGUAUAAUUCAUUUGGAGGUCAGAGUCAGACACACAUCUUCCAACCUUCAAAUGAUUGUGUUGAAUGGUUGGAUUCUAAGAAAGAGAUGUCUGUUAUUUAUAUUUCGUUUGGUAGUUUGAUUGUGUUGUCGAAGGUACAAAUGGAAGAAAUUGCACGUGCGUUGUUGGAUUGUGGAUUUUCUUUUUUGUGGGUCAUUAAAGAAAAAGAAGAGUUAUUAAGCUAUAGAGAGGAGUUGAAAAAGAAAGGGAAGAUAGUGAAAUGGUGUUCUCAAGUUGAGGUUCUUUCACAUUCUUCUUUGGGUUGUUUUUUGACACACUGUGGUUGGAAUUCGUGUUUGGAAAGUUUGGUGUCAGGGGUUCCCAUGGUGGCGUUUCCUCAGCGGAUGGAUCAAAUGACAAAUGCAAAGUUAAUAGAAGAUGUGUGGAAGAUUGGGGUGAGGGUGGAUUAUAAAGUGCAUGAGUAUGGAAUUGUUAGAGGGGAUGAAAUUAAGAAGUGUUUGGAAGUGGUGAUGGGGAGUGGAGAGAAAGGAGAGGAAUUGAGAAGGAAUGCAAUAGAAUGGAAGAAUUUGGCUAGAGAGGCUGUGAAGGAAUAUGGCUCUUCACACAAGAAUCUGAGAGGUUUUUUAGAUGAUACUAUUGCAAGAUCAUGAUGUAUUUGGCUGAAAAGGCAUAUUUCAAUGUUGGAUGUAGAUUUCGUGCAGUAAAAUAAUAAUGCAGUUACACAUAGUUUUAUAUUUGAAUCGUUAAU